GCUGCAAGAAGCAUCUGAGCACACAGUCUCCAGUAUGAGUCUCCACGGGCGCUGCCAAAUCAUCUGUGCGGUUGUGCUGCUGAUACUGGCACUAGUCGGGAUUCUGCUGGUGGUCAUUCCAGCUAAAGAGAUAGAGACACCACCUGAGAACAUGUAUGGAAUUGUUCUGGACGCCGGUUCAUCCCACACCUCCAUGUACAUCUACAAAUGGCCAGCUGACAAGCUAAAUGGCACUGGUAUUGUUAGCCAGCACAGCGAGUGUCAUGGAGAAGGUGGAGGGAUAUCCAGUUAUGCAGGUGCUCCUGGUGAUGCAGCAAAAAGUCUGGACGCCUGUCUGAAACAAGCUGUGAAGGAUAUCCCCAAAUCCAGGCACCAUGAAACUCCACUCUAUCUGGGAGCUACUGCAGGCAUGAGACUCCUGAACAAAGUCAAUGCGACAGAGUCUCAGCGGGUGCUGAAGGAAGUGGAAAACAAGCUGCAGUCUUACCCUUUUGAUUUCAAAAAUGCGAGCGUGCUGAGUGGAAAGGAGGAGGGGGCUUACGGUUGGGCCACAGUCAACUACUUACUUGAGAACUUUGUCAAGUAUGGUUUUGUCGCGCGUUGGCUGAAUCCAGGCAGAGAGACAACUGGAGCUUUGGAUUUAGGCGGAGCUUCCACACAGAUCACUUUUGAGACCUCGGAAGAGGUGGAGGACAAAGACAAUGUGAUGGAGCUGAAGCUUUAUGGACGAACCUACAGACUAUACACCCAGAGCUUCCUGUGCUACGGCCAAGUGCAGAUCCUGCAGAGGCUGCUGGCUCAUCUUAUCACGACUCAGGGUGUGAAACCGGUGGUGUUACAUCCCUGCUAUCCACGACAGUACAACACAUCUAUCAAGCUGGGAGAGGAUGUCUUUGAUUCUCCGUGCACUAAGCGCUACAGACCAGCCCAGUUCGACCCCCAUAUGUCUGUAUCAGUGGUGGGCACAGGAGAUUAUCAGAGCUGCCGGGACAACGUAAAAUUGUUGUUCUCCUUCGACAACUGUUCUUACUCCUAGUGCUCCUUUGAUGGAGUCUUUCAGCCCACCCUGAGAGGAAGAUUCAUGGCAUUCUCUGCCUUCUUCUACACACUUAGCCAAAUGAACCAACUCACCAACAUCUCCAUCACAUCCCCCAGCCGAAUGGAGGAGGCAAUCAUACGAAUCUGCAACAUGACCUUCUCUGAGUUGACUAAAAAUCCAAACCUGAAGGAGAAAUUCAUAAAGCAUUCCUGCGCCAUGUCCAAUUACAUCCGCGUCCUCUUACUGCAGGGCUACGGUUUCAAUGAGCACUCCUUUUCUUCCAUCUCUUUUCAGAUAAAGGCAGGAGGAACAUCUGUAGGCUGGGCUUUAGGGUACAUGCUGACUCUGAGCAAUAUGGUACCAGAAGAGAGACUUGGGCGAGUGAAGGCUCUGCCCAUAGGGCCCUGGAGUGGCAUUCUCUUCCUCUUCAUCGCCAUCCUCCUUAUUGUGCUGGGAUACCUACUGAUGAUGAUCUACAGGAACUCAAAAACUAAAGAGGGCAUGGUGUAAGAGCAACGGUGACCCACCUCCCAUACCAGUCCAAUUCAUAUUCCUCUGAGAGCAGAUGUAUUCUUUAUUGUCCUUUUCCAAGGAAAUUUGUCUGAUCACAGUCUGCACAGAGCCUCACAUAAACAGGAAUACACACACCAUAACUACACGAAAGACAUCAGAUACAUCUACAUUAAUAAAUAUACACACAUAGCACCUACACACAUGACAGUUAUCUGCGUGAAGAAUGGGUUGAGGGGGAAUCAUGGGGUCAUGUAUUUUGGUGUGUGCUCUGCAUGUGAUGGCUUUGCUAUUGAAGUCUGAGACGUUAGGGGUGGGGAGGUCAAUCUAUUUGUGGCCAUUGUGUGUGAUUUGCAUGAGUUUCUGCUGGAGGGAGUUAAAGAGUAACUUCGGUAUUUUCCAGCCUGGACAAUAUUUUCCCUUUUUUGUGUCUAAGUGACUAAUUAGGACAACACUUUUUGAAAUUGGUCCACCGUUGAGCAAGACCGCUGCAGCGGCGAAACGACUGCUGCUUGCUUAUCCCACCUGUGUUGUGACAGGUCAACUUAGGACCCAAAUGCAAACACAACCAGGAAACUGGAUGGUUAGAGGCAGUUUAUUGUAGUUCAUAGAAGUGGUGCUGAAGGCUUAAAUGAAAUGAUGGCUGAGGCGGGCAGGGAGUUCAUCCUAAUAUCCCUUGUCGGCUCCUCCGUCCUCUAUCCUCGAUCACUUGACCCGAAAAUUGAUUGAGACUCACCAUCUUGUAGGACGUCUCAAUACGUUAAAUGCACUUGGAGGAGUCGAGGAGUUGGGGAGAGGGGAGGCUUUCAGCGAGGAGGGAAGUGAGUAGCCUAUAGACGAAUUCGGCGAGCGAUUUGUGUAUGCCGCCAUCUUGCAGCGGCGCCAUUGCUGUGGUGACAUGUGUCAGUCAUCAAUUCAUUAUGCUGUCAGUGUGAACCAUAUGACACCAUCAUGAAUAGCUGGAUUGAUGAUGUUAG